AUAACUACAACCUGAUUUUGUUUGUCCACAGUUCUGGGAGAUCAUAUCUGAGGAGCACGGCAUUGACCCUACUGGCGUGUACCGCGGCACCAGCGACUUGCAACUCGAACGGAUCUCCGUCUACUAUAAUGAGGCCUCUGUUGCGACGGCGGAGAGCGGCGGCAAGUACGUCCCCCGCGCCAUCCUGCUCGACCUCGAGCCCGGCACCAUGGACGCCGUGCGCUCCGGCGCCUACGGGCAGCUCUUCCGUCCGGACAACUUCGUCUUCGGCCAGUCCGGCGCCGGCAACAACUGGGCUAAGGGACACUACACGGAGGGCGCCGAGCUCGUCGACGCAGUCCUCGAUGUAGUGCGCAAGGAGUGCGAGAACUGCGACUGCCUCCAGGGCUUCCAGCUCACACACUCGCUCGGCGGCGGCACCGGCUCCGGAAUGGGCACCCUCCUUAUCUCCAAAAUCAGGGAAGAAUACCCCGACAGAAUCAUGAACACAUACUCAGUCGUCCCCUCGCCCAAAGUAUCAGACACCGUCGUCGAGCCCUACAAUGCCGUCCUCUCCAUUCAUCAGCUAGUCGAAAACACAGAUGAGACGUACUGCAUAGACAACGAGGCCCUCUACGACAUUUGCUACAGAACCCUCAAAGUUCCUAACCCAACAUACGGCGAUCUGAACCAUCUCGUCUCGCUCACCAUGUCUGGCGUGACCACCUGCCUCAGGUUCCCCGGUCAGCUGAAUGCGGAUCUCCGCAAGCUGGCGGUGAACAUGGUGCCCUUCCCGCGUCUGCACUUCUUCAUGCCGGGCUUCGCCCCGCUCACGUCGCGCGGCAGCCAGCAGUACCGUGCCCUCACCGUGCCCGAACUCACUCAGCAGAUGUUCGACGCUAAGAACAUGAUGGCGGCGUGCGACCCGCGUCACGGCCGCUACCUCACCGUCGCCGCCAUCUUCCGCGGUCGCAUGUCCAUGAAGGAGGUCGACGAGCAGAUGCUCUCUAUUCAAAAUAAGAACAGCAGUUUCUUCGUCGAAUGGAUUCCUAACAACGUGAAGACUGCCGUGUGCGACAUCCCGCCCAAGGGUUUGAAGAUGUCUUCUACCUUUAUCGGCAACACGACCGCCAUCCAGGAGCUGUUCAAGAGAAUAUCGGAGCAGUUCUCUGCUAUGUUCAGGCGUAAAGCUUUCUUGCAUUGGUACACGGGUGAGGGUAUGGACGAGAUGGAGUUCAACGAGGCGGAGAGCAACGUCAACGACUUGGUGUCUGAGUACCAGCAGUACCAGGAGGCCACCGCCGAAGACGACACGGAGUUUGACCAGGAAGACAUGGAGGAGCUCGCGCAGGACGAGCACCACGAUUAGACUGUUCGUCUCCCUUACUGCGACUCUCGUGGUACAAGCAACGUAAUUAAGGCGCCUACCGUAGUAAGGGUCCAAUCCUUUCCUCGCUAGAGAUGCUGUCUCAAUAAAUAUUUAUAUUUCUCAACGAAAUUAGAGGCUAAGUCGCGUGCAUUUUAUUUUGUCAGCAUACCAAAGCGUCCGUAAUUGGAGCAACGAAAUUUGAACCACGAACUCACGCGAUGUCGCACUGUGAUCCGUCAAUACAGUUUGACGCGUAUCGUAAAGUGCAAAUACCUAAUUGAUAACAAAAAUAUUUUAUAAUAUUAAAUAGUAUUAUAUUCGAAGUCUGUUUUAUGAAUUUUAGAAAUUUAAGAAGUCAAAACUUAAUAAGGAACGUACCAAUCAGUGCAUUUCUUAGCUUAAGUUAUUAUUGUCUUGUAUGCUUUUAUAAUUUAUAAUUAAAUGUUUUAAAAAGAAA